AUGGUGCUGGACAAGGAGAGGAGCAGGGUCCUUGUAAUUGGUGGCACAGGUCACAUAGGCAAGCAUAUCGUCGCGGCGAGUGCCCGCCGUGGCCACUCGACCUUUGUCCUCAUCAGGGAUGUUGCUCCGUCUGAUCCAGCCAAGAUGGAGCUCCUCAAGAGGUUCACUGAUUCCGGUGUUGCUCUCAUCAAGGGAGAUUUAUUUGACCACGGGAGCCUCGUAAAUGCCAUAAAGGGUGCAGACAUCGUCAUCUCGGCCGUGGGGCCCCGUCAGCUCGCAGAGCAGACCAGGAUUGUCAUUGCAAUCAAGGAGGCCGGGCUACAGAUUGACCACUUAGUAGUAGUUGUUGUACAGAGGUUUCUGCCAUCUGAGUUCGGCUCUGAUGUAGAGCGGGUUCACACCGUUGAUCCAGCGGCCACAUUGUGCGCUAGUAAAGUCAAAUUUCGCCGUCUGAUUGAGGCGGAGGGUAUACCUCAUAUAUAUGUCUGCUGCAAUGGGUUCGCCGAAACAUACCUUCCGAGCAUUGGUGAUGUUACAGCUGUUGGCGCUGGCCCUCCGUCCGACAAGAUCACCGUCCUAGGCGAUGGAGAUGCAAAAGCGGUGUUUGUGGUGGAAGAAGACAUAGCUGCCUACACGGUGAGGGCGGUCGACGAUCCCAGAACCCUGAACAAGAUCCUGUACAUGAGGCCGCCGGCGAACAUAUUGUCCCACAACGAGCUCAUCUCGAUGUGGGAAAGGAAAGUGGGCAGGACUUUCCAUGUCGUGCGCAUCCCGGAGGCGGAUCUCCUGAAGAUGAUCAAGGAGGUGACGUUCCCUAUGAACAUAUUGCUAUCCCUCGCGCUCUCCAUCUUCGUCAGGGGCGACCAAGCCAACUUUGAGAUUGAACCAUCCUUUGGCGUUGAGGCCACUGAGCUGUACCCCGACCUAAGGUACACCACUGUCGACGAGUAUCUCGACCGCCUACUCUGA